AUGCCCCCCCUUAAUAACGCUGGUUUCGCCUUCACUAUCCCCCCCCCUGAUCUGUCUCGUUCCCCAUUCACUCAUCCCAUUUCUCCACUGCCUUUCCCCCAUCACUUAUUCCAUUUCCCCCCUCCCUUUCUUUCCCCCUUCCUGCAUACCAUUCCAAAAUGCACACUCCCCCCCCGCCCUUUCCCUCAUCCCAUUUCCCCCCCCGCUGACUUUCUUUCCCCCUUCACUCACCCCAUUUCCGGCCUGCUCUUUUUCUUUCCCCAUUUGCUCAUCCCAUUUCCACUCUGCUCACUCUCCUUGCCCAUGACUCAUCCCAUCUCCUCUUCACUUUCUCUGCUCUUUGUCACUUCCCAUUUUGGCCUGCUCACUCCCUUUCCCCCGUCACUCUCACCAUUCAUCCCACUACCUUCACCCGACCACAAAUCCCAUUUCCUCCCUGCUCACUCUCUUUCCCCAUUCACUGAUCCCAUUUCCCCUGCUCACUUUUUUUCACCAUGCCCUCAUACCAUUUACCCCUCCUCACUUUCUUUCACCUUGCCCUCAUACCAUUUUUCCUCCUCACUUUCUUUCACCAAUCCCUCAUACCGUUUCCCCCUCCUCACUUUCUUUCACCAUGCCCUCAUACCAUUUCCCCCUCCUCACUUUCUUUCACCAUGCCCUCAUACCAUUUACCCUCCUCACUUUCUUUCACCAUGCCCUCAUACCAUUUCCCCCUCCUCACUUUCUUUCACCAUGCCCUCAUACCAUUUGCCCUCCUCACUUUCUUUCACCAUGCCCUCAUACCAUUUCCCCUCCUCACUUUCUUUCACCUUGCCCUCAUACCAUUAUCCCUCCUCACUUUCUUUCACCAUGCCCUCAUACCAUUUCCCCUCCUCACUUUCUUUCACCAUGCCCUCAUACCAUUUCCCCUCCUCACUUUCUUUCACCAUGCCCUCAUACCAUUUCCCCUCCUCACUUUCUUUCACCAUGCCCUCAUACCAUUUCCCCUCCUCACUUUCUUUCACCAUGCCCUCAUACCAUUUCCCCUCCUCACUUUCUUUCACCAUGCCCUCAUACCAUUUCCCCUCCUCACUUUCUUUCACCAUGCCCUCAUACCAUUUCCCCUCCUCACUUUCUUUCACCAUGCCCACACUGAACUUUCCCAUUUCACUCUUCCCAUUUCCCCCCCUGAUCACGCCCCUCCGCCCUUCACCUCCUCUCCCCAAACCUCCUACUUUCAUCUCAGCUCCCCUUUCUCACCCACAUCAUCCUAGGCACCUCCACCCCCCCUACAACGACAAGGUGGAAAAGAUGCUGGAGAGGUUGUGGAGAUGCAUCUAA